GAUUUAAAAUAUCCAAUUAAAGACGAGAGAUGUAAAAAAACAAUUACUGAGGUCUAUGCUUCCUAUGAAUGCCAAGCAACGGAGUCAGAAGCACCCGCGACUCAUAUAGGUAUUAAGUACACAUAAAAAUGGCUUAUCAAAAUGUUCACUGGCGCCAGGCGACUUACUACCCACUAUAUGCAAUACCCUUACAAAAUAAUUCAUCUCGCAACCCAACAAUGGGCUGGUGUACAUAUGGCAAUUGGAAUUCCAGCCAAAGUGUGCAGUAUACCCAAAGUGUACAAACAACGAAUUUAAACUUAGCUGCCCAGAUCAGUGGCUUGGAAUGCCAACUGAUAUCGGAGCUGGAUGCAAGAGGUAAGCAAGCAAUCCAGCUGAAAACUGUUUUGCAGAGGGAGACGGACUUACUUGAAGAAAACAAAAAGCUGCUUACGGAAAAGACCAGACUGACGAAUUCGCUAAAAGCUGCCAAAGAUGAGCUGAGUGAUUUCAAAUCGCAACUGAAGCGGGAGUCAAAUGCAAAAGCGGAACAAGCAAUCCAGCUGAAAAUAGUUUUACAGAAUGAGCAGCAUUUGGUUAGUGCUAACCAAAAGCUGAUAGCGGCAAAUGCUUUGUUGACGAAUUCGCUGAAUGCUAUCAAAGACGACAUAGCAGACAGUGUUAAUGCCCAACUGAAAUUCUCAAAGCUAGAAGACGAACUUGCCAAACUCAAGUGUGAGCUGGAGCAGAGCAACGCGCACGUGAAUGCGCUGACUGCGGUCAACGAAAUGCUUUUGAAUGGCAACGAGAAGCGGGACGAGACCAUUGCAAAAUACAAGCGAAAGCUGCAGACAUACAUGAACUUCAGCUCAUCAUCUGAUUGUGAAUCGCUGCUAGAAAACAGUUCACUUUUACAAGUCAGAUGCAACACUCCAAGUCCGAGACGCAUUGGCUUUAAGGCAUUGCAUGCGCUCAGUUCUCUUGGAGCUGAGAACAGCAUAGGGCCUUGGUUAUGUCUGCCCUGUGGCAGCAGUACGUCCCCCAUUAAUUUUUCAUCGUACGCCGAGUUUCGGCGACAUUUAUCUGAGGUGCACAAGGAGCCCAUUGAUCCGGCUUUGUGUGAGCUAUGCGGUUGGCGUUCUGGCAGCGAUCGGGAGCUUCAUUUUCAUAUGUUUAAAAAUCAUCAAAUAGAAUCCCUGUUCUACACAUUUUCCAAGUCGGCGAUCUUGGACAAGUGACAACAGGAAUAACUUUUUUUAAUUAUUUAAAAUUAAUAAGUUCAAAUUGAUAGCCUUAUGCUUAAAAAGUGUUUCUGUGUAGCCUUUUUUAUACAUUUUAUGUAAGUGGAAGAAGUUGGCAAAUAUUUGACAUCUACUUUUGUUUUUUAAUAUUUUGAAAAUAUGCCGGCAGCAGAAGCAAAUGUAGAGCAAUAACUUUUCCUAUCUUAUAUUCUAAGUGAAACAAAAUGCAAACACAUGUAAACAUAAAAUAAUUCGUUUGUUUAAAAAAAACAGCCAUUGUUAUUUAGAAGUAAGUAAGAAGUAAUAAGGUUUGUGCAACCUUAAUUAUAUAAGGAAAAUACCACAGAUCAUUGAAGAAAAAUAAUGAAAUGUUUAAACAUUUAAUGUUUACAAGUACCUC